GGAAGGAAAGAAGGAAGGAAGGAAGGAAGGAAGGAAGGAAGGAAAAGGACCGGGAAACUGUCCAAGUUUAGCCCGAGAGGAGCUCCGCACCGCCUGCCAGGAAGAACCCGGAGGGCUCCGCGAAGAAGAGAAAGCAAAAGCCGCUAGCUUCCUCCUCUUCCUCCUCCUCCUUCCCCGGCUGGCGCCCGCCUCGCCUCGCCCGCCCGCCGGCUCCCUCGGCUCCUCCGCCGCGGCCAUGGCCCAGGAGAACGGCGAGACGCGCGGCUCGUCCUGGAAGAAGCCCGCCGAGGACAUCGGCCGCAUCUUCGCCUUCAAGGAGACCCUGGGGACGGGUGCAUUUUCCGAAGUCGUCCUGGCUGAAAACAGGAGCAGUGGAAAACUGUUUGCAGUGAAGUGCAUCCCCAAGAAAGCCCUCAAAGGGAAGGAAAGCAGCAUAGAAAACGAAAUUGCAGUCCUGCGAAAGAUCAAGCAUGAAAACAUUGUGGCCCUGGAAGACAUUUAUGAGAGCUCAAGCCAUCUGUAUCUGGUUAUGCAAUUAGUAUCUGGAGGUGAGUUAUUUGACCGCAUCGUAGAGAAAGGAUUUUAUACGGAAAAGGAUGCCAGCACCCUGAUACGGCAAGUCUUGGAUGCUGUCUAUUAUCUUCACCGGAUGGGCAUCGUUCACAGAGACCUCAAGCCUGAAAAUCUGCUCUACUACAGCCAGGAUGAAGACUCUAAAAUCAUGAUCAGUGAUUUUGGAUUGUCCAAAAUGGAGGGGAAAGGAGAUGUCAUGUCCACGGCCUUUGGCACCCCAGGUACGUUGGUAACUCCUGAAGUCCUGGCCCAGAAACCCUACAGCAAAGCCGUCGACUGCUGGUCCAUUGGAGUGAUUGCCUAUAUUCUACUCUGUGGCUACCCUCCGUUCUACGAUGAAAAUGACUCAAAGCUCUUUGAGCAAAUUCUGAAAGCAGAAUAUGAAUUUGACUCUCCUUAUUGGGAUGAUAUCUCUGAAUCGGCUAAAGAUUUUAUUCGGAACCUGAUGGAGAAAGACCCCAAUAAAAGAUAUACCUGUGAACAGGCGGCCCGUCACCCGUGGUAA